AUGGGCUGUAAAUGUGGAAAAGGUAGUAAAGUUGAGCCUGUUGUUCAUCCUACUCCCAUACACGUUGGUAAUACGCAAAAAAAUUAUUUGGGACGACGAUAUGAUGAGGAUGCAUUCAUCGAUAUCGAUGUGACGAACCAAGAACUCAAGCGAGACAUACUCGAUGAAAAUGUGACCGUAUCAGCACUGUUAGAGACUAAAAGUCGCAACAUUGAUCUUAAUCUUCAAGAUCCAAAUGCAUUCAAUUCUAAAUUCUGUCAACAACGUCAAAGCGCUAUUGACAACCAAACGUAUCGAAAAAUCGUUGACUCGUGGCCACCAUCUUCCUUGAAACAUCUAAGCGAUUUAAUGCGUGAAUUCUCCGCGAAUAAGUCGUCGGUUGACAAAGCAUGGAUUAUAUUCUAUUGGAUCGGUCGGAAUAUCGAAUAUGACACGGUAUCUUAUUUUAGCAAAAACUAUGCGAAUCAGUCUGCUGAAGACGUAUUCAAGUCGAGAAAAGGUGUUUGUGCAGGAUACGGAAAUCUGUAUAAAAAAUUAGCUGACGAAAUUGGCUUGAAGUGCGAAAACACGAGUGGAUAUUCCAAAGGGUACGGAUUUGAGUUAGGCGAAGCAGCUCUAGCUGAUACAGAUCAUGCAUGGAAUUUUGUUGAAAUUGAGAAUCGAUGGCCCGAUGAAAUGAUCUAUCAUCAUUUGCCAGAGAAUGAGCAGUGGCAACUACUGGCUCAUCCGAUAUCAAAACAAGAUUUUCUCUCUUUGCCGAAGACUUAUCCAACCUAUUUUGAGUUGAAGCUCGAAAUGAUUGUACCAAAAUUUUCACCGACCGUUUCUCUUCUUAAAGGCAAACCGUAUACAAUUAUUAUUUUGAAAACACCGUUAGAUGUUGAUAUUAUUGCCAAUUUGCAAUUGCACAAAGUAGCCGUAAAAGGUGGUGAACGCAUUGUCUAUGACAAAAAGAAAGGUUAUUACAAAUGUUAUUUUGCUCCUCAGUCGUCUGGUCUACAUAAAAUACAUAUAUAUGCCAAACGAAAGGGCACUGAAGGUACUUAUCCAAGCGCGAUUGCGUUUGAUUUCGAUGUAAAAGGACCAUUAAACUCAUCUAUAUCAUAUCCAAAAACAUGGGAACCCUAUUUCAAUCUGAAUCUCGAAGUAUUACAUCCGAGAAACUCUUUCUUUCUUUAUCUGAAAGACAAUGUGGUGUCAGCGGAAAUACUGAUUCGAGCUCCGGCAGGGGUUGCACUUAUUGGCAGCUUGAAAGACUCUGAUAACCAAAAGGUAACUGGAGGUGAUCAAGUAUAUUUUAAUAAUCGAAAAAGUCUUUGGCGAUGCCAGUUUGCACCGCCGAAAAACGGCAAAUUCGUAAUCACAAUAUUCGCCAAAAAGGAAACAGAGACAGGUACGUAUCCAUGCGCUUUAGAAUUUGAAUUGAUUGCCACUCAUCUCAAAUCACCCAUUUCGUAUCCCAAAACGUGGCAAUGUUUCCAUGAUUAUCAAAUGGAAGUAGUUGCUCCCCAGAACAGUCGAUUCGGAGUAUGGCCACCGGGCGCAUCUUACUGUGAAAUUUUGAUUCGAGCACCCGAUGACAUUCAGUUAACAUCAAAAAUCGCCAAGGAUGAAAAAACAAUCGAAAACGGUGAUCUGAUUCAGUACGAUGCCGAAAAAGAAUUGUUUCAUUGUUUAUUUGCUCCACGUUCUGCAGGUACACACACACUAACCAUCUUUGCAAAGCGCACUUCAGAUAUCGACACAACGUCCUCUUCUGCAGUUCAAUUUGGUCUCAACGUUACCGAACUAAAACGUUCAAUUAGAUUCCCAGUGAUCUAUACUCGAUUUGAAACUGACCGGUGUCGAAUAUUUGAACCACUAAACGGUGUUAUUAAAAGAGGCUCGAACGUUCAUUUUCACUGGCAAAUACCGAAUGCGAGUGAAGUAAAACUGAUGUCUGAUUCUGAAUGGAAAACGGUUGACAGCUAUGAAAAUAAUAUUCUAAAACAUCAGCUCAAACUAACGAAUGAAAAAGAAGUGACAGUCUAUGGAAAAUACAAAGACGGAAAUAAGUUUACAGGACUAGCAAAAUACAAUGUCGAGUAA